CCGUGCAAAAACCUGUUCCCGCUAAAUACCGCCACCGCACCGCGCUGCGCCACCGCAAGCACCGUUGCUGCCUCACCUCACCCGAAAUUCCAUGACAAUAAAAACAAACAGAUUUCUUGGCGGCCCGGCCACUUGAACAACUGUAAAAGUGGGCCGCCAGCGAAGAAGCAGCAAAAACAACAACAACACCUGCGGCAGCGCUGCGACGCAACCAAAAACGAGAGUCGGAGACGUCGCGUCGUUGCGGAGAUUUCACUUUUCGAUGCUCGGAGCGAGCGAACGGUUCAACGGUGCGCAGCCAACGAUUUUUGUUAAUUGAAACUGAGACUGAGACUGAGACUGAGACUAGCCCCAAGAGGAGCACUUUGUACCUGACCCCCAGAAGCACUAAACCCCCCCAAACGACAACGAGAUGUACCGCGCCAGUGGACGGAUUAUGCAACAGCUGCGCCACAGGAUGCCAGCGCUAGAGGGUCGUCUGGCUGUUAGCCUGGCCGCGCCUGCGCUGAAAACUUUCACUCAGCGGCAGCAGCAGCGGCACGAACAGGUGCGCUGGACUGCAACGUCAACGGUGAGCAGCAAACAGGUGACGACACCGCCGCCCAGACACGACUGGAAUCGCGCCGUUAGCGAGGCGGAGCGCAUUGUUGGCUAUCCCACAUCGUUCCUGAGCCUGCGCUGGCUCCUCAGCGAUGAGAUUGCCAAUGUGGCGCUGCAUCUGCGCAAACUGGUGGGCAGCGCCCAUCCCCUGAUGAAGACAGCCAAGCAUCUGCUCUACAAUGGCAAGAACACGAUGCAGGCCUGGGGAUUGAUAGUGCUGCUGGUGUCCAAGGCGGCGGGACAUGCGCCCAGUGUGCCCGAUGUGGAGCAGGACAAGAGCGCUGGAGUCCUCCACUCUCAGCGCGCCCUAGCCGAGGUCACCGAGAUGAUACGCAUCUCCCAUUUGGUGCACAAUAGCGUCGUGAAUCUGCAGUCCAGCACGGAGGCUGGCCAGGAUGCGGCCACCUACGAUGACAUGUCCUUCGGCAACAAGAUCGGUCUGCUCACCGGCGACUAUCUGCUGGGACACUCGAGCGCGGAGCUGGCCAACCUGCGCAACCAGGAGGUCGUGGAGCUCAUCUCCUCGGCCGUGCGCGACUUUUCCGAGUCGGAGUUCAUCGGGGAGCGCGAUGAGCAGAACAAUCCGCUGCCCUACAAGCCCGGCACCUUCCAGCGACCCUCGCUGAGCGUGGCCGUGGACUUCAACGAGCACGACGUGAUGACGCCCAUGCCCAUUGCCCAGGUGCUGGGCAACCCCGAGCAGGAGUGGGAGUGCCGCAACAUUCUGAACGCGGGCAGUCUGCUGGGCAAGUCGUGCCAGGCCUCGCUGAAGCUGGCCGGCCAGAGCGAGGAGCUGCAGCGGCAUGCGUAUCGCUUUGGCAAGCAUCUGGCGCUCGCCUGGCAGGCCUGCCUCGAUGCCGAACCCUUCCAGUGUCCCACACUGCCGCUGGACACCACCUUCAGUCUAGUCAGCGCCCCCGUGCUGUUCCACCUCGAGCACGAUCCCAGUCUGUACGCGCAGCUGGAGAAGGGCAAGCAAUCGGUGGAUAAUGUUGACUAUGACGCGAUCCACAAGGCCGUUCUGGCUGGCCCCGCACUGGCCAAGACCAAAGAGCUGCAGAGGAAGCACACGGCCGCCGCUCUGGCCGUGCUGCAGCACUUUCCGGCCACAGAUGCGCGACAGGCGCUGGAGAAUAUCAUCCUAGCCAUGCAGGAUCUGUGACCAGCAGCCGCAGUAACAUUCUCCACGGGUUUAGGUUCUAGUUAAGUAAUUAUUUAUCACCAAACACAUCCUUGAGGGCACUUCCAGGCACAUUAAAAGGGGAAGGUUCACAU